AUGGAUAAAAACAAAGGUUUUACCGACCCACCUAAUCCGAUUUCUGAUUUAAAGCCUAGUGGUGAGGAUAUUGUUAACAGAAAUAUUCCUGUUAUCUCAUCAACCAUUAAUAAUAAUAGCCAGUCUCGCCAAUUGGUUAACGAGUCAAAUACUCCAUUUCGGAAUAUACGCAAGGGAAAGCAUAAAAUAAUUCCUAACUCGGAUGAUUUCGUUGAUAGUGAUGCCACUCUAACCAUGAAUAAUGACCAACCAAUCAACAGCCUUCAAGCCCAAAAUACUCAAAAUGAGGACGAGAGUAAAAAUGCUACCAAAGUACAUGAUCAUAUCGCAAGUGACCGUGUCACCAACGUGGAUUCUAAUACGGAACAACGCCUUGCCAAUAUUGAAUCUGAUCCGAUUCAGGCUAGAUCAAAAGUUAGGAUGCGUGAGAAUGAUUUAGAACGAGAACGACAAGAUGUUAAAAAAGUGAAAUUGGAAAAUGAUUUUGAAGAUCAACAACUCAUUAAAGCGACAGCCGUUCCUGUUCAACCUAAAUUAAAGGAAUUUAGGAUGCGGGAGCACGAGCUAGAUCAAGAACGACAAGCGGUUAAAAAAGUGAAAUUAGCAAAUCAUUCUGGUGAAGAUUCAAGUAUUCAGCAAGGAUCUACAUCACAAAAUGUAGAUUCUAUUUUAGUGGAGGGUAUCAAGAAGGGUUUGGCCAUGUUUAAAAACUUCAUCAUAUCUGAUGAAGUUACAGAGAAUAAAACUGUAGAAAUCAUUUUUCAUGUGCACCUGCCUACGAGCAAUCGUUACGAGAAUCCUGUUGUUGUAGGUAGUAUAGAGGAACUUGGUAAUUGGCAAGAACCCAAAAUUAAACUUCAGCAAUAUAUCAUAGGUAUUUCGGAACGUACUUCUUAUUGGUAUUCACAGCCCAUUCACAUCCCAAUCGAAAGGUUUCAACAAGACGUUGUCGGAUAUAAGUAUGCAGUAUAUUCGGACGAUUGCUUAAUAUUGGAAGGUGAUGGCACGAAGGACAAUCGUGUGCUGGGAAUUCAACGUCAAAAAUUUGAUAUUUGGAAAAGUAAUUCAACUUAUAGCAUGAAUCAAAUCACUGAUUAUAUGUUCCUAGAUGUCAUUUAUGAAACAAUAACAUCAAAAAACAUCAAGGAAAUUAUUUUUGAAUAUGAUGAUAUCCUAACACAGUAUCGUAAAUUGACCUUAUCCGUAACGAACGUUCAAUUUAUUAGCAAACAUGUAUCCGAAAAUUCUAUUGGUAGACGGCUUUUCUUAUGCUUCCUUUUGGGGCAUUGUUCUAAUUCUCGCGUGAGAUUUGAAUUGUCAAGAAAUUUUCAAUCGGUUCCUUUACUUCAAGCCUUUAUCGAUGUUCAAUCAGAAACAUUUCCACCUGAUAGUUGGCAUAUUGUGUUUAAAGGUAUUGAUCAUUUAAUUCAUCACAAUAUUAAUCAUGGAUUAUUCGAAUGGCUCGAAUUUUUUACCGUUGCACGAAAUAUCGAUCCUCAAUUUAAGUUCAUUGACACAUUAACUUUUGUUAAAUGCGACGAUGACAAAUAUAUCGAAAAAUGUUUUGAAAUCAUAUUUAAUCAUAAAUUUGAUAAAAUUACUCGUGGAAAAGUAUUCAAGUGGAUGAUGAAUCAAUGCAAAAACUUGAAUAUUUUAUCAAUCGUUUGGCGAUCUUCAGAUAAAAUUGACAAGCGAUUUUUGGUGGAAAAGGUCGAAAAGAUUAUAUCUAAAGAUGACCCUGUUGAUUUGCAUAAAAAUUUCACCGAGCUUGCUGAUGACACUAGAGAUAUAGUCGCCGUCCCAUUUAGGGAUAGGGUACUUAAAUUAUUAACCAAUGGUCGUCAUGCUAUUUGGGAUGACUCCAGAUCCCUAUCGAUUCUUGAUCUUUUAAAUACUGUACAUCUACACUGGACAAAAGAUGAAUAUAUUUCUGUAUUGGAAACUGUGUCAACAUUUGAAGAUUAUCAGCUAUUACGCGCUUUUCCGUCACUAUUGAAAAAUUGGCUUGAAAUUUCAAAUAUCAAUAAUAAUGGCGUGUUUCCAUCAUUACUGAAAAAUUGGAUCGAAAUUCCUAAAGAAAUCGAUAAUAAAAUAAUUCAAAUAUGCAUUCAAUGGUACAACAAGCUUUUGGAUCGAAUGGCAUCACCCAAUUCGAUGGCUCACAAAGGAGAAUACGUAACCGAAGUUAUUGAGAAAUUGUCAAAUAUCUGUUCAUUUGUUAAUGAGCAAUCUAUCUUGAAUGCAUUGAUGGAGAUAACGCUGAAUCGUAUUAGAGAGUCCUCAGAACAAUCUAUUUUUAAUUCUACAGCCAAGGUUGAACAAUUUGGUUCAGAAGCGGUACGCGUGUUUACAAAAGUUAUUAAAGAAAAGAUUGAUUCAAUGGAUCUAGGACACUACGAACUUUUACUAAAGAAAAUGCAAGUUAUCUGUGGUUGCUCUGACAAAAGUUUAGAGAUUCCAAAUGAAUUCUGUGAAAAAAUCUUAUGUUAUGUUAUGUCUUGUUUGCAAAAGAAUCCUUCCAAUAUUUAUUCGCUUGAGUCCGCCAAAUUCUGGAUUGUAAUUUUACGUGCAACUGGCAGUACCAAAAUGCUUUAUUCUCAUCAACUUGUACAAGAAACUAGAUCGACUAUUCUCGAGUUAGCUGAUAUGAUAAACAACAGUUCUAUUACUAUUCAGCUUCUCCAGGAAUUGCUUAAUCUAGAUGAUGAUACGCUUUAUUAUUAUUUAAAUACUGCAAACGUUAAUAAUGUAGAAAUCAUUACCAAGGAUGCAUUGGUUAAAGUUCGUCAAAAUUGUAGCUCCUAUGAACAAAGGUUGAAAAAACUUGAUGAUUUUUAUAAGAGAUUUUGUCCGCUACAAAAAACCAAGGAUGUGCAAAAUUUUCUUGAUGAAUUGAGAGAAAGAAGCAAGCGACUUAAUAACAUCUCACUAGAAGAGUCAUUAUCAAAAGAUCAUUGGAAUUUCCACGGCGAAAUUUUGUCAAUAGCAGAGAGUACACAUGAGCUGAACAAAUCUCAAACAUUUUACAAUGUUUUUGAGAAAUCAUUAAAUGAAGAAUAUGAAUUUUGCGAUCUUAUAAACGUUGGAUUUAUAGCACGAACGUUAAUCAAGAAUGUCUUAAAAGAAUAUACUGCUAGGUGUAAACAAUAUAACAAAUGGGAAAGCCUCAAAUACUCUGAGGAAUCGAUUUUUUGGUGUAACGUUUCUAAUGUUGAAGAUGAGCUCAAGUUAAUGGAAAAAUAUGGAAAUGCUCGUAUAAGUAGAAGUAAUGUGCUCAUGAUGACUUUGGAACUUCUUUCCAAAAACAAGGAUUGGAAAGAACGUAUUGAAAAUAUAUCAAAGAUUCUUGAGAUUUUUAAUGUUGAAAAAAACUGGCUUAACAACUUAUUUAGUCACGGAGAUUUAAGCAAAUUAAAAAACUCAAUUAACACUAUAAAUCAAAAAUUUUCGCAAUUCAAUUAUAAUAGCUGGGCUUUUAUCAAGGAAUUGUCCAGAUCUGGUGAAUUUGUUGAAUUUCUAAGAGGUAAAACGGACGACGAUUUGAAAAAUUUGAUUAAUGGUGUUGAUGAGCACUCAGAUACCAGAUUGAUUCAAGAAGGCACUAUUUCUUCACUUAUUCAAAUCAAGCAAUUUUUGCAUCCGUUCAUGAAUGAUCCAAAUUUAACUUUGGAUACAUUAAUAGAAGAAUUCAACGAUGCCAUCGAAAAUCCCUCAUUAACAAGUAAAUUAUCGUUAUGUAAUUGUAAUGUUAUGGCUUUGAAAAAUAUGUUCGAAUCCAUCUAUAACAAGGGUGAAGUCACAAAGGAUAAGAUUGAAAAUGCUGUAACUGUUGGUACAUAUGAAUUUGUUAAAAAUGAAGAAAAUGAAGAGUGCAUCUUGACGUUGUCAUAUUCUUUUAAAUUACAAACUAUGAGGUACAAUAUGAAUGAGUUACAGGACUUACGCAGCAGAGCACUUUUAGUUUCAAAGCCCGGCGUUUCUUUUGGACAAGUUGAUGAUGACAAUGAUAACGGAAAAAUGGAGGAAUUUGUAAUGCAAGUUGAUAUUACUCAGAAUAUAAUUAUCAUAAUGAAAAAAUUAACUCAACUAGGUCAUUUCGGAUAUCGAAAAUAUAACGAAUCAGCUAAAGGUACUUAUGAUUUGGAGAAAAUAGCUGAGCGAUUGAGAAGAGACUUGGAAACCUGGGAGAAAAUUGUUGAUCGAGCACAAGAAACUUGUUAUUACCUAAAUUUUUAUCCACCAAGACACAUCUUAACAUUUUAUGACUAUUACACGGGAAAUGUCGAGCAUUUGGAAAUCACAAAAACUUGUCAAACACUUGUAUCAUUCGUCAAUCGAAAAGCCAAAUUACCACAACUAAAUGGUCAAGGAUUUCAUUGUAAUGAGGAUGAAUACGUUCGAGCUUUAGAGGCAAUUAAUCAUAGAUUAGGAUGCAUAUUUGGAACCAUUCCAAAACAUUCACGAUCAGUGAAAAAACCCAAAGAACGCGUAAUUUCAGACACAGUGAAACGCGGAGAAUUAUUUGUCGCGGCUUGUGACAACAAAUCGAAAGUCCCUAACAUUAUAAUGUCAUUUUAUGCUAACCAUGGAUUUUAUCCUGAACCUUGGCAACUUUUGAUAUGUAUGACAUCAACCACAGAAGAAGAACUGUCAAUUUUUAUCAAACGAUGCUUUUUUGCAUCAAAAAAUGAUUAUUAUUUAGCGUUGAUAUGUUGUUCUGAAACUGGCAGCGACCAUCAUAUCGUGGACCAGUUUUCUAAAUAUGUUCACGCUACUGAUGGACUUGAUACAAUUGCAAUGAAGGCCAUUUAUCGCGAAUUAUGUCCAAAGGUCACAUGCGUAACUUCAGAAUUAUCCGGACUAGGAAAAACACGAUUUAUUGAGCAGGAGAGUUCUAACAAUGACAAAAACUUGGUUUCAUUUCUCAUUAGUGAUGGAGCAAGCUAUAAUUCACUUAUUAGGCAACUUAAAAAUUCUCAAAUUCAAGAUGAUGAUAGUAGUCUUCAUAUAAACAUAAUAUCUGCUGAUAAUCCUGGAGAAGUAAAUAUAUUCUUGUUUCAAUUAUUGACUCUGGGAAUGAUUUCAAACAAUUCGGAUAUAUCUAGCCUUCCAGAAACCAAUAUUUUUAUUGAAGUAGCUGUUGACCGCUUGAUCAACUCCCUCCCAUUCCUUAAUUGUUUAAACAAAACGAAUUUAAUAUGGAAUAUUGAUAGAUUGAUGAUACCCAAAGAUAUACAUAGCCCAAUUCAGGUUGUUUGCCGUUAUUUGGAUCUUUAUGAUAGGAAUAAGCUCGAUAAGCAAGAUAUUAUAUUUAGUUCACGUAGCAUUAAGGCGCCACUUGAUCAAGUUUCUUGUCAUCAACUUUUGGAUAAAUAUUUCUUUCAAAGGAUUGAUUAUAAUAUUCAAUCUUUUCGAUUUUUGGAGAUUUUUGUAAAUGUUCUUGCAGAUCAAUUAUUAAGGUUAUCAGGAAGUUCUUUCUUCAUGGUUAAAAAUUUGAAAUUUAUGACUAAGAAUGUUAAAAUUCGAUCUACAUUAUUUGAAACAUUACUGGCUGUUUCAAGUGAUUUUGCUACAAAAUCAACCGAAACAAAAUUUGCACAAUUACAAAAUAUUCCAGACAAUGCCGUUGAAGUGGAUCAAUUAGAGAAUCUUGUCCAAUGGGAUGAUUCUAAUCAUCUUUUAGUAUUUUUUCUGUCUCAAUCCCCGGAAUCGAUAAGGGCUUUAUAUCGUAGCAAAAUUAUAGUUCCAACUAACGUUUUAGAAUUAUUAAAAAGCCAAGGAUGGGAAUUAAUAGAUUAUCAAUCUAUGUCCUCGGAUGAUUUAUUAACCAUAUUAGAAAGUUUGGCUCGAAAUACAAUGCAUACAAUUAUUUAUCAACCAUAUGCUUUAUCGGCGGAUAAUUUAUUGAAAAUGGCAUUAAUGUUAUUGAGAACAAGAGCCAAAAUUCCAGUAGUUAUAUGUGGAGAGGCGGGAUGCGGAAAGACAAGCUUAAUUAGUUUUUUGGCCAAGGUUGUGGAAGUAGAAUUGGAUGUACUUAAUCUUCAUGCUGGCGUUACAGAAAAAGAUAUCAAGGAUUUCAUGAAUAAAUCCGGUAAAAAGGCCGCAAAUAAAGAGAUUUGGUUGUUUUUUGAUGAAAUCAACACUUGCAAUCACAUAGGAUUAUUGGCAGAGCUUAUUGCUCAUCGCAAGCUUGAUGGAAAACCAAUUCAUCAAAAUAUUCGACUAUUUUCCGCCUGUAAUCCAUAUCGUAUUCGGAACAGGAGUAUCAGUACUGUUGGAUUGAAACCAAAAAAGAUCACAUUCGAACAACGAAGUAGCCUCGUUUAUGAAGUUAAACCCCUUCCGGAUCAAAUUUUAGAUUACGUAUGGGAUUACGGUACGCUUCAAUCGAAGGAUGAAAAAAAUUAUAUUCAAAUAAUGGUACACGAGGCGAAAUUAGAUUAUGUCUUUGCGGAAUUAUUAUUUGCAUCACAAGAUUUUAUUCGUAAUGUUGAAGAACCUUAUAGUGUCAGUUUGCGCGACGUUAAAAGAGCCAUUAAAUUGGUCGACUUUUUCUAUAAAAGUCUUCAAACACGACAAAAUGAGAGGAACAAGUAUCCCGAUGAUUCUCUGGAUAUUUAUUUUCGAUCUUAUAUUUUGUCAUUGGGUUUAUGUUAUCAAUCUCGCUUAUAUGAACGUGAGUUAAGGCGAAAGUACCGUAAAACGAUGUGUAAUAUAUUUGGAAAUAUGAAAGAAUCUCGUUUUAAUGACAUAAUAAGAGAUGAGCAAAUGGACUAUAUGAAUAGAAUGAUUUGUCCACCAAAUAUUGCAUUCAAUGAAGCAUUAUUGGAGAACGUAUUAGCUGCUAUUGUUUGCAUAAUUUGUAAAAUACCAUUAUUCAUCGUUGGUGCUCCAGGCUCUUCCAAAUCACUAGCGAUCCGACUUGUACAUCAGAAUCUUAGGGGUUCUGAUUCGAUUGGAUUGGCUGAAAUCAGUCCCUAUAAUCCCUUGAAAGUUCUUCACUCAUUGUUGGAGCCAAGUUAUCCGGCUGAUGAUCCUGUUGUUUCGUUAAAAAAUGCGGAUCCUCCACUUUUAAAUAGAUUUGAAAAACAAAGGAUGACAAUAAACGAUAUCCUUAAUAAAGAUGAAAAGGAAUUAGUCAAUCAGCUGCGAGAAUGGACGCGGCAAAUGUCAACUAUGGCUGGGGCGGCAGGAACAUCAUCUUAUAAUAAUUUUAUUAUAGAGGAUUUAUUUAUUGGCUUCAAUAAGGAAGAAACAUUGCAAAGCUUAAUAAUAGAUAUCAAGAAAAAUGAACCUAUGACGAGAAAUGGAGAAAUACUCAAAAAAUGCAAAGAAAACUUAAUCGCAAUUUCUACAUCAGAUGGAAUGGUUCGAAUUGAGAGGUCUACUUUGGAUUUUGAAGAAAUUCAGCAUUGGAAAAGUGUUUAUUUCCAAGUUCAACAUCAUAAUGACAUAGCAGAUUAUUUUCAAGAUCUUUUAAUGCUUAAAAAAUUUUGUAAUGGUCAAGAAAUCGUUGAAUUGCAACUCGAAAUUAGAAACGUAUUGAAUCUCUGCGACAAGCUUUCCAACUUUAAAACGACAGAAUCUUUUCAAUUGUUACAAUUUUGUAAUGAUCUAUUAUCAAAUGGAUUGAUACCAUUGGAGAUUAUUAAACAGAUUGUUGAGACUAAAGUUGAUGACAAAUUAUUUUCACCAAUGUAUAUUUACAGAGUAUUUAAAAUUCUUAACAGUGUUAAAGACAUAGAGCCAAAUAUCAUCGUAUCAUUUGAGCAAUCUUUUAUCAUGAAGAGUCUGGAAAUUGUUCCAUUCGAUUCACCUUCUAGGUUAGAACUUUAUCACACUUUAUUCUUGGAAGAUCCCUUCCCUCUUAUGGGAAAAAUCAUUAAAUGUAUGCUUGAAGAAGAAAAUAAUCAUAUUCCGUUUGAAUUCUUCACAUGGCUGCUAGACAAUCCUAGAAAAACGUUAGAUUCAACAUCAUUUGGAAUUAUCAAUACGUGCCUUGAGGUCAAGGGUUGCCACUCUUCAAUGGCAGCUUUAUUCUGUGAUCCUUAG